AUUGUUUAAAGAUGCACUAGAUUACAUUGGCAUCAAAACCUGUGGCAUUUCAUUACAUCUGCUGACAAUAACCAUCAAGGUUAAGGAGUUUUACCUCCACUACUAAGAAAUCAGUAGCAAACUGAAUUUGGACUCUGUCUGCACAGGAACUGUUUCCAGAUACUAAGCUGAUAAGCUGGGGAGAGUGACCCUGAGUGAAAGACCUUCCAGAAUGAGAAAGAAGAGCAAGAUACCGUGCGUCUUUAUCUAUGAAAAGAACUGUAUAUUUGAAGUUGGUAAAUAUUUGAAGAUUCCCUUAGAAAAAAGAAAAAAAGAGGAAAACAUUUUUUAAGUGAUAACAUUUUUAAACUCCCUCAGUUUUCAAAGAAAAGAAAAGAAACCUAGUCUUGGACCAGCUACCAAGAAAAUCCCAUGUACCUAGGCUGAAGCCAUGCCUUGAAAAGCCAAAAUCCUUUUCAGAUACAUCUAUGGUCAAAGAGGACCAUAGUGGGGGUCAGUAAUCUUUCUAGCCACUGCAGCUAAAUCCUUCAGGUACCUGGAGUUUUCAAAGGCUGGGAUUCACAUCCCUGCAGGAGCUGUGCUGCUGUGGCAGAGCAGAGGCCUUGUCCACGCAGCUGCUUUUGUUGAUUCUACUUUAAGCCGGUGGGUGGUAGUACAGCCUAAAGGUGGUAGUACAGCUGAUCAGCUCCAGCUGAUCUCAGGGUUUUUGGGAAUUUUCUUCACCUUUUGCUUGGGGUUAUCUACUCGCAAACUCUUUCAAUGCUGGUUAUUUUUAUGAUUUUGAAAACAGUGUAAGUAGUAUGGAAAUGGUACAUGAUGAUCAGAGUUUUGGAAGUACUAAGUAACAAGCAAAGUGAAAAAAAAGGGAGCAGAAGAUACUGCUCCUGGGCAGUACAAAACAACACUGGGGAGAGAAAAUGCAGUCACCUGUAGAUACAGAGUGUGAAAAAGAAAAAUUGAAAUAAUGCCUUCAGAAUUAUAGCAGGCAAAAGGAGGAAAACAGAAAUAUCCUGUCUAAAAUCCACCUGGAUGACUCAAAAUGACAUUUAAUUUUUGUCAAUUUUAAUAUUGGCUGUACAUUAUUUGAUGGGCUAUUAAAGUAAUAACACAUGAAAAUUGCAUAAGCAGUCAUAAAAUACGAUGUUUUCAGUCAAAUGUGCUAUCUAUACAGGAUCUUGAAUAGUCUUUAAAAAAGUAUAAUGAAAAUACAGGUGUCUAAAUGUGCUGACUAAGAAAAGGAAUGGAAUGUUAGCAAGGAUUUCAUUAGAGGGUUCUGAGUGAAAAGACAAAGGAAUGGAAUUCAUGGGGUUGGAAAAAGCACUCACUGAGGGAAGAAGGAUAAGUAUCCAAUUUGAUUUAUCGUCUCCCAUGGUUCAGAAGCUGAAGGUUCCUUGAGAAUAGCUUAAUGCCUACUUUAUUGAAAAAUAAAUUAAUUGCCAUCUGUUCCUUACAGGUGAUACCAUCAGGAGUUUCUUUACAAGCAAGAGAUCUAGAAAGCAACCUUAAAGGAAAAGCAAAAGCAGAAACUUCCGCAAUCCUAGAACUUUAAAACCAAGGGAUGACACUAAAUAUGACAGGAGUAUCUGAAAUGUUUCUCUGAAUGUGAGUGAAUCUAAAAGGUUUGCAGAGAACUGUGGGAUGGCAGAAAAGCUGGUUCUGAUUGAUUCAUACAAAAAAAAAAAAGAAAAAAAAAAAAGAAUGGUAAGAACCUUAUUCAGGAAUGGAAGAGGCAGAAAAUAGCAUAGGCAGGAGAUAAGCCAGGACAUAUUCUAAGGCAUAAACUUGCAGUGACAGACCUGUGAACAGAUGAGGGCAAGAUCCCUGAACUGGAAGAUAUAAAUGAAGAAGAUCCACAACAUACAUGACAUACACAUGAUAUUGUUAUAUUGUUAUUUAUUCACAGUGUAGGAGUUUUUUUUUUUUGCUCCCGGGUACAGUUGUAGGAGGGGCUUUAGUUGUGCUAGAACUGUGGACCAGUUCUAGUGUAUGUCUCACUGUGUUGCUGUUAUUGCCUCUUGUUACUGCCUCUCUCAUGAAAGCAGUAGGACUUGCAGGUAGAAUUAGCCAGAUCAUUGUACUCUUCUGGCUAAAAAUCAGUCCUACCAAGCCAAACAAUCCAAUCCAGCCCCAGCAUUGAUGUCCUGGCACAAGAGUGAGGGGUGACACAUCUCUACUUCCAGCCAUCCCCCCGAGAGGGCAAGCAAAGCACUUUCCCUGGCAGUGUCUCCCCGUGUACAGGCUGGGAGAUGCCUACUGUGAAAUUAGCAUCUGUUUCCCUCAUGUUUCUUUGAUUAGCUCUUUCCUCUAUAAGGGAUGGUUUUGCAAUUUGUUUGGAAGCAUGGAGGGAAAGAAGAACAAAAAAAACUUUGGGCAUUGGGAAUAGCCUUUUGGUUGUCAUUACAGAGAUGUCUGUGCCUGCUUGGAUGCUUGCUUCCAGCAAUGUUUUAUCAACUCAAAUACAACAGUUCAACUGCAAGUGAUAAGCAGUGCCCUUAUUCUUGGUGUCAGAGGUUGCUGGGAAUUUUUUGAAAGUGCCUGUAGCAUCUAAAAUCCAGUAUAUUAUUAAGGGAAAAGAUAUUUGAGGGGGAAAAUACUGAACAGUAUAAUUGAACAAAAAUUGUGUUUUCUUUCUGGAUUUAUUAGCUUGACUUUUCCUGGAUUUAAUUGUGUUUCUGUAGUCGAAGGAAGGAAAACACAAAGCCGUAAUGCCAGAGAAAUCUUGCCUAAGGAAAAUCAACUGUGAUGUUGUUAGCUAACGAGGUAGAUGAGCAGUGCUAUUGCAAACUCAUUGCAUGUACCAGUGAGAUAAGUCCAUUCUGACAAGUAAGUUAGAUGAAAUUAUGAGAAGGACACAGAAUCAACAAUAGAAAGAGGUCAGCAAAAGCAGGGUUGUAUGAGAUGCCAGUGCCUGUCUCGAAUAGCAUUCUGGCUCUCAUUAGCUUGCACCAUGGAACUGCCUCUGUAAAGUGGGUGCAAAAUGGGUUCUUUUGGGAUUGGAUAUAGCCAAAGACUUGCUCAGGAAUUUAGCUGACAUGCUACAGCUGCUGUUGGGUAUUCAUUCCGUGCUGCUGGCCACGUGCUACAUUUAGGUCAAGAUGAACCUCUGUGAAACAUUUAGCUUGAACAUCAGGUUUCUCCUUACAAAUCUGCCUGAACUACUGUGCUGAACUACUUGCUAGGACAGGCAUAGCCCCAGGGUGAACCCCAGCACUCUGCAGGAGUACAAAGACUGAACCAAAGUUCUGUGAUGAAUGCAGAUGGGAUGGUGCUGGUGUUUAUAUCUGAGGGCUUGAAUGGGUCACUAAUAUGGAUAUUGCAGGGAUUGUGAGAAGGCUGAUGUAAGUGUCAGGUGGGAAAGCUACUGGAGAGGAGAUGAUGGGGAAGUGACAUGGAGGGAUAGACACAGACCUUUUAACUGCAGUGAGUUCAGUUCAGUUCAGGGCCACAAAGGCAACUAAGGCACUUAAACAUUUCCUAUGAGGAACAUUUGAGAGAACUAGGACUGUUCAGCCUGGAAGAGAGAAGACUCAGGGGCAAACUCAUCAGCAUGUGUAAAUACCUGGGAGGAAGGGAGGGAGUGAGGGGAGAAGGACACAGACAUUUUUCAGCAGUACUUGCUGGUAGGACAAGAGGCAAUGUGGACAAAAAUAAAAUCUCCUUGCCAAAGCAUCUUCUCUGUUGCAUCCCACAUCAGUAUUUUUGAACUAUGUUCCCACCAGCUUCUUUUAAUAUCCUCUAAUUCUCUUAUUGGAGGGCACAAUCAACAGUUAUGAGCCAUCUGUGUUGUUCAUCCUCUUGUAGUAAUGUCUGUAAUUUCCUUUUCCAUGAUCUCUUCCCUUGGCUGAAGAAUCAUAGAAUGGCCUGGGUUUGAAGUGACUGAAGUUUUGAAGCCCUGUUUUGUGUAUGAAGCUUCUAUGACCUUGUUGCCUUUCUCUGAUCCUUUACCUCUUCUGAUGUAUUCUAUUUGAAGUCAGAAAACUAGGACUACCCAUAUAAGUUAAUGCACAAGCAAAUCAGAGGUUUAAACAGUCCUGCAAUCUGCCUUCUCCUUGUCUCUUUUCUAAUUAUUCCCCAAUAUCAGAUCUUCUUUCUUGUCUUCUUCUGAAUAUUUGAACUGCUGAUUUCCAGGACCUACCAGAACCGUGUGAUCUCGUUCAUGAGUAACUGCUCAAAUUUAAUUUCUGACUCAUAAAGUGGUUCAUAUACAGGGAUAUUUUAAUGUAAUGGCUAAAUAUGUGGCUGUUAAGCAGGAGGUGCUUCCAGCUAGUAGGAUGAGGUUUUGCUAAAACGAAGGUUACUGCCUAUGUGGAUCUGAUAUAAAAAUAGUAGAUUGCAGGGUUAUACACAGAAAGGCAAAUACAGAUGCUGUGGGAGUCAGCCUGUUUAUGUGUGAGUAUGCCACUACUGGAGGUCAACAGCUGACCUAGUUGUCUGACCCCUUUAUGUAUUUGUGCUCACCUGGGUUGUUGUUUAACUUUUCCUAUCUUAGCUACAGAGCAGUGGUCCUGGAAAAAUGGUGUUUAAACUCAACCUGAGGUGCUGUGCUGAAGCAGAGAGCCCAUGAAGUGUCCUAACAGCAUGCUCCAGAUACUCCUUCAGCCCACUGCAGCCUUGGAGGAGAGAGGUAUCAUGUUGAGGAACUGACAGAAGCUCUCUUCCUUUUCAGUGUUCCCAGAUCCUUUUUUUGUGCCAGAAGUCCUUUCAGGAUACACUCUCCUCUCCCCUCUUUCCCUUAACUCCUCUGUACCCAGAGGCUGAGUUUCCUCUUGCUUUCUCCAUGGCAGGGAUGCAGGGGAAGCACUCUGAGCAUUUGCACAGGUGGAGAGUGACAUUUCCUAUGGAGGCUCCUGCUUCAAGCUAGUUGAGAGCAACCAUGCUGAGGGUUUUCCUGUGAUUCUUUUCUGAAGCCAGAAUCCCAGUAGUCUGACCCAUGUUGAGGAGCAUCCAAAGUCUGAAAUGGGCACUUCAUUGCCCUGCUCUGGUGAGAUUUGUGUCUUUGCACUCUCAGACAUUUAGAUGAGCCUGAAGAAUAUAAUCUGGGGAGGGUACUAGGCCUCUUGAGAGAAGGGUAAUGCCUGUUCAACACUCCUUUGGACAGCAGUAUUCCCACAUUUUGUCCCCCAAACUUUUGCUUGGAAUCCAGCCUUUAGGACUGUUGUUUGUUCCAACCCCUCUACCUGCUCCCCUCCAAUGGCAGAGGGUUCGAAUGGUUGGAACUAGAUGGUCUUUAAGGUCCUUUCCAACCCAAAGCAUUCUGUAAUUCUAUCAUGAUGAUUAAUCACGCGCUACUUUUAUCUUGCAAUGUGUGGGAAGAAGUUGAAGUCAAUGACUAUUCUGCAGUGACAGUCUCCUGUUUUCUCUGUAAAGCUUUUGUGGAUGUGGUCAGCUGAUAACAGUACAGUCCUGAGAAAUGAGGUAUAGCCUUGCUUUUGUACUCUUGCUCUUUUCAGCUCAGUUCUUUUCAUUUUCUUCAGCAUUACAGUCAUGCUAGAAAGCAGUAUGCUGCCUUACAAGAAAAAUUAACAUCUCCAACUCUGUUAAAGUUGAAUUUUUGUGAUCCACUACCCAACCUGGAUUACUUCAGAGGUUAAACAGCAAUACCAAUUUGGGUCCCACAAGCAAAGCCUGGCAAAACUGGAACAGGUUGAAUAUUCUCAAAUAUUCUACCAUCAUUUUUUGUCCUUUUACAGUUUUAAAAAUAUGCAGUUUUCUGUUGAUUGAAACAGCUUUGUGAAUAGUUUUAUGGUUCAUUUAUGGUUCUUGUCAUUAUAUAUGAUGUGUGAUAUAUUUAUAGUCAUAUGAAUACUGUUGGACCUUGGGGUCACUUGUUAAAGAGUGUCUGGGAAAAACAGAUUUGUUACAUUUAGAAUUGCUGACAAACCUUUUGUCUGAGUGGUUAGACUUGUGGAGAAACUGCUUAGAGUUGUAUUUAGAAGAAGGCUGUGAGGGAUACACACCUCCUUGGCUGGGCUUAUGUGUGACAGUGUUAUCGUAGGUCUGUCCCAGUCUGUGCAGUCACCUAAUUGUACCUGAUAGAUACCAAUUGAUGGAAUGAAUUAAUGAUUCAAAACAUUAAUGAUGACAGGCAUUUGCAUUGACUGGACCCACCAGAGCAUGCACAUGUGAAAAGGUUCAUCUCAAGCCUUCUUAAAUGUGUCUAAACCUGCCUGCAACCAGUUGGGGAUCUGCAUAGGCAGGAGCUGGCUGGCUGUUCCUUCGUCACUUGCAGUCUUGCUGGAACAGAAAUCUGCAGACUGAAACCCAUGAUGGUGCUGGGACCCUCACAAUAGGCACGCUGCUGCAGAGCCCCGCUUAGGUGGGUUCCCUUGCCAGAUGGAGGGGAAUACUCAGCUGUGUGCAUGCAGACCUCUGAGAAGACAACAGGUGACCUGGGAUCUGCCUGGGGUUUUUUACUCCAUCAAAAAGACAUCUGUCUAGUCCUGAGUUUCCACAGAUGUAGCCAUAUACGAAUGGCUGGUGGAAGGUCCUGGAGGAAUAUCGAAGGCUGUCAGCACAUGGCUGUGAAGACUAAGCUGUGUGAGACAGCAGGCAGCAGCAGCAUAAUCCUAGCUGGGCCCAGAAAUCCACACUGCCACUUCCACCACACUGGCCUUGCCAGGUUCACAUGCCCUGGGGCAAUCUGUGGGGCACCACAGGAGUGCCUGUGGCUACCCAGGACCAGUCACAGUGUGAACAGCAUGUUCUCACAGGGCAGGCUGGGGUACAGAAAAGAGAAACUGAGGUGCAGAAAGCUUCCAGGAGAGAGAGGAAAGCAAAGCAGGGGAAGGAUGUGGGUUUACAUCUGGUGGCACCAGAGGAGGUUAUGAGACAGUGUGCAUUAUGGUUAGUCACAUCGAGGUAAAGAGAAGCGGCUGAGGUGAGUGGGUAAAAUGGAUUUGCUUUGUUGAGAAAAAAGGGAAGAUACAGUAGAAAGAGGAAUGUUUUGUUAUCCAAAUGCCACAUAGUCAGUUUGACACCAAAAUUUUAGCCACAAAUUUUCAGGAUGCAGAUGACAUAGCUUUAUUGCAGCUGAAUUAUUACUAACUCCCUGAUUGUAAUGAUUCAAGCACUUCCUUUCAAAUUACAUUUUUCCUUCUCAUGUGCUCUAUAUAACCUAUUUCCAGAAAAAAUAUUUAUCACACCAGUCUUUACUAGUUAAGUGUUACUUUUUCUAGCCAGCUGUUUUUGUUCUGCUUUCCUUUUAGCAGGAAGAUUAAACAAUUAAAAAUUAGUCAGUCUAUGUUGUACUUUUUUUUUGCAUCUUCUCCAGAAACAUUUAGUAGGUGCUGCUAUAGGAGGCAGAAUGCUGGACUCAUCUGACUGUCCAUGGCUUUUCUGUAAUAUAGUUUCCAGUGGCCACCAUUGGAUAAUACCAAUGUCAUCCUAGUAAUUUCUCUGUGUAAAGGAAUCAUGCAGUAAUUAAACAAACAUGCAUUUGGAGGUGCUUUGAUACAUCAUAAAGUAAAUGGAAAAUCCUGUUUGUUUCCGCUCAGAUUGAUUUGUUUGAUACUCCCUGAAACUGGUAAAAGGAUACUAAUAAUUUACAGUUUGUAAACAUCACCAGAAGUGGCUUUUUUAUUUAAUCACUUUCAUUAUUUUCAAAGACUUGUUUGUGUUCUUAAUUAUUAGUGUACAGACCUCCUCCAAAAUUUCCAUCUGAUAAGAUCAGUAAUAUUCUUUAGCGUGGAAAUUUCAGCAGGUGAUGUUAAAAUGCUAAAAAAGUCCAGCUCCUUCCUCCUUCUUUGCUUCUGUAUGUCUCAACUUACAUUGCUUUCCUGUCUUUGAUGAGUCAUUGCAUUUACUUUGUACUGAUACUUUUACAUUUCAAGCCUGAGCAGUGAUUUUGAUUUCCUGGUUUUCUGAUCAGAAAAAGCACCAUUUUUUUCCCUGUAGGUAGCACUAGAUUUUUGUCAAAUCAGAGAAACCCUCUUUUCCAAGUUACGACUACACGGGGUGUUGUGGAAAUGUUAUGCAGGUGUAUCUGCUUGCUUUUGAAGAUGCUUGAUGCUGUUUCCUAGUAGCAAUCCAGGUCCUAAAGGUAUGUUGCUUUAUAGUUCAGCUGAAAAUUAUAAAGGCCUAAAACAUAAACAGUAUAAAAUAUAACAAUCAACUUUGAAAAUAGAAACGAGCAUUUCAAAUACCGGAAACUCCCAACUAUGCAAAUAUAAAUUCCUUCUUCUCCUUGUCGUGACCAAAGGGUGGCAGUGGCUAUUGCUGAGCAUUGAUGUAUGACCUAGGAGUAGUGCAACCCAGUAUUUCAAGUUUAGCAGAGCAUUUUUAGAGACUGGGGUUCACAGACUAGCCUACAGUUUGUUCACUCCUGCAAGCAAAUAGAACACCAGCUUUCACCUUGAUAGGGCUCUGACAGUACAAGCUACAGCUCUCCACCCUGCGUCUCAGCCACCUACUGCUACUUGCAGCAAAGGGAGUGGGAGGGGAUGUCCUUCUGCAUCUUCUCUGACCUUUCUCCUGCUCUGCUGCCUGCCUUGCUACCAGCAAAGGUAAACAUCAGGCAGCUGUGAAGACGAGUGUGUUCUCACGCCCUGCAGUUUCCUUCUCUGUGGGCUGCCCCCUUAGUUCUUAGUGAUCCCAUCAGCUGUUAGUGACACCCCCUCAGCCUCUGUUUCAGCCCUGCCAGUGAAACAACCUCAGGAGGAGCAGUGUGUUGGUGAAGGGAUAUUGUCUUUCACCACCUGCUGCUGCUACUUGUUUAAAAAAAGCCACAAAACCCUACAUCUUUUUAUUUCUGAGGUGGUUUUUUAACUUUGUUCAUCAUGGCACUCACCUCAAGAGGUGGGAUAAAGGAUAAUUAAAACCUGCUGAGCCAGCAGACUUGGCACAAAACCAAGUAGAACCUCGAAAUUUUGAAAGGAGUUGUAAAAAAUUGGGAAGCAUUAACCUCGGAUGAUUUUCCGUGAUGAUGAAAAGAUGAAAGCUGGAAACACGUAACUGAAUUAUCGUUUGGAGAUAUGCAGCACUUCUGAAGUUAAAUCAAAGUAUCCUGUUCACUGUAGUUGAAGUAGUUAAUAUUUGCCAGAUUAGCUUGAGGCAUUUCGAUGUAAUAUGAAGAUAACAGUGGCACAGUGCUUACACAGACAAAGUGAGGCAUACACACAUCCAACUCUUUUUACAGAAACACACCCUCAGCACAGCUCCUCUUUAACCUGCAAAAUUUUAUUUUACUAAUACCUUCUACAGAUUAUGUUGCAACAGUGCAGGAAGUGAUUCAUUUUAGACAUAAAAACGUAGUUAUACUUCAAAGUGCUUUAUCACUUUCCUGUUCUAACCUAACGUACAGUAACUCAAUAAAACUUCAGCAGCAUUUGUGUGUAUGAAUUAGCCUCGUGGGCUAUGCCCACUGUGGCUGCGGAAUUAUUUGUCAGCAGAAUUUCCUUGCACAGCCUACUCUUAUCAGAGGACAGCCACAAUUACUAAGCUAAACUGGUAUGUGAAAACAUAUGGUGUUUUGGAGCUGCUUGGUUACUGUGGAGGAUAAAUAGCUGCUGACCCUAAACAAGAUCUUUUUAUGAAAAAAAAAAAAAAGAAAAAAAGAAAAAAAAAAGAGCAGUGUCCCCUGUGCCUUAUAAGGCAUGGGCAGGCUUAUUGCAGCGCUGAAGGAGGGGCGGUAGCGGGUUCACGCUGCUGAGUUUUCUCCGGCAGCAGUCGCAGGCGCCUGAAGAAGUUGAGCUGAAAUUGCAAACGCUUCGUCCCGGCACUUAACGGCGAAACUCGGUCAAGAGAGGAGGCAGCAGGUGAAAUUAAAAAAAAAAAAAAAUCGCCACUUGAUCAUGGGAAAAUCAGCUUCCAAACAAUUUGCUGAAGAAGUCUUGAAAGCACACAAUGACUGCAGGAAGAAACACGGAGUUCCCCCCUUAAAACUCUGCAAGAAGUUAAACAGAGGAGCCCAACAAUAUGCAGAAGAACUGGCUACCACAAGGGUCCUCAAGCACAGCUCUGAGUCUGCUAAUGGAAAAUGUGGAGAAAACCUAGCAUGGGCAUCCUAUGAUCAGUCAGGAAAGGAUGUGGCUGACAGAUGGUACAGUGAAAUAAAAAAUUACAGUUUUCAAAACCCAGGGUUUUCUUCUGGGACAGGUCACUUCACAGCAAUGGUUUGGAAGAAUACAAAAAAGAUGGGAGUUGGAAAAGCAGCUGCUAGUGAUGGCUCAACGUUUGUGGUGGCUAGAUAUGAUCCAGCUGGAAAUGUAGUAAAUCCAGGCUAUUAUGAAGAAAAUGUCCUUCCUCCAAGAAAAUAACUUUUUUUUUUUUAAGGUAGUUUUAUUGCUUGAUGACAAGUGAACCUGGAUUUGGACCUAACAGUGUUUGAAAUGAAGCACUAGUCAAUGAAAUUUCCUGUUUGAUACUGCUGUUCACUUCUCAUUACAGAGGAAACAAUUACAUGUUGCUUGAGUCAAUGUGCACAUUAAGUCCCUAUUGCUUCUGAUGGGGCCUCAGUUUAUUUGAGGAUGAAGUAUGUGCAGCAUUUCUGAAGGGUAACAUUUCUAAGUUUUGGGGUUUUUUUUAAUAGUUUGCAUGAACUCCAUAUCAGCAUGUGAGUAAGCACAUGUUGGAUGUCUUUAUUUUUUUUAAACAAGCAAAUUUAUAGCUUUCUGUAAACUGAAGAUACCAGCUUGUAAUUAUAUGAUUACUCUCAAUAUUUAUGAAUUAUAUGAAUACUCUCAGUUUUCUGGUAUUUUUUAAUAACUGUAGCUUCUUUCCUCUGUCUUUACCUCCUGCUACUAUGGGACCUUUUCUCUGCAGAUGGAACAUAUCCAAACUUCCUGUAUGAAAAGUACACAUUUAAAAUGUAGUGGCAUUCAGACCUGUGUGUUUUGAUUAAGAGGAUCUCACAGAACGCUAAAAGGUUGCUGAAAAAUUUUAUCCGUCAAGCAAAUAAUAACUAAUGCAUGAGCUGAAAUCCAUUAAAAUUGUUUAAAUCCCAUUUUAGGUGCUAAUAUAUAAAAUAUGUUUCAGAAGAGUGUACUUCAAAUUCAAAGUCCAUCUUACAGUUUACAGUAUGUACUUUGUCUUAUAAGCAAAUUGUUUACUUCUGUUACAGAAAGGUAAGAUUCCGCUUUUUGAUAUUUACGCACAAAAGUUUCUUUGACAGCGCGCUUUGGAUUUUAUUUCUCAGUAACUUACUUUUAUUUCCUAUGGAACAUCUUUCACAAGUGUCAUGCUAUACAGACAAUAACAUUCUCAAAUCAUCUCGUCUCCUUUAAUAAUGUCACAGUAGGAGGUAUUCACAUGGUUAUAAUUAAGAGAUGUUUGCUCUUUGCUCAUAUCAUUCAGUAAAAGUAAUAUUUCACAUGCUGGAUUGGUGCCUUGAAAAAAUGAAGACUUAAUUUCCUUAAUAACAAACCAAGCAAAAGGCUGAGGACACUCUUUUCUGUGAUGAAAUGUGGAUUGGGCGUUUUUUUGGCCAGGUUCAUAAACACUGCUUCAAUUUGGGUGGUUAAUUUUUUUCCUCUUUAAAUGUUUCUUUUGACUUUUGCUAAGAUUCUGUAUGCCAUAAUUUGGUUCAUGAAGAGUGCCAUUACGGAAAUACUUCUUUUUGUUUACACAGUUAUAAUAAACUGCACUGUUAUGGCUUGAUUAUAUGUCACUGUGAUGCUGUUUGUUACAAUUUUUUGUUGUAACCAGGAAUUUGACACAUGCCAUGAACAACUGAAAAAUAAAUAUUUUUGUUUAUGAACUACUCGAGGCUUUGCUGUUACCUGAUUCUUUGUUGAGUAAUCUUCAAAUUUUAUUUCUAGGACAUUAACAUAUGACAUUAUUACUUUAGGAACAUGGGGCAAAUAAAAGCAGCAAGUAUUCUAGUCCGGGAAAGAAAAAAGAGGCCUUCUAAGAAAGGAUAAAUCAUACAGCAGAUCAUCAGUCAUCCCUUUAUACGAAGAUUGAGCAAACAGUUGAAGCUGAAGAGGCGUACCCCUUUCUCUCUCAGACUCCUGCUUUGUAUCUGAUUUCGUUUCUACUGCUC